AUGUUUGCCGUCCCUCCCGAACUGCAACACCUCCCAAGGGUUCCGGUCAUCCCGACUUUGUUAUCCUUUGCGAAGGGCGAGGUUGAGGAUGUUAGAAUCAAGAAGCUUCUACUUCCGUAUGCGACCCGUGGCGAUAGCGUAAUUGCCAAAGACUUGGCAGACGAUAUCAACACCUACCCCAAGGAGGUGCCUCCUGAUGGCAUGCUCCUGUGGCGUUUCGUCGGCUACUCCAAUAUUAUCCUCUCGAAUGGAGAGGCAUGGAAACGGCACUCGAAAGUCGUCCGUGAUGCCUUGCAGCGAAACCUACCCAUUGAGGAGUUCGCCUCUCUUGCACGGAAGCUCUUCCAUCAGAUGGACCUCGCCAUUGAGGCUGAUCAAAAGAGUCCCGUGGAAAGCAAGAGGGAGAAGCAGUUUGGCGGAGGACGCGUUCGUUGGGAGGACCUCACCAUGCGUUUCACCCUCGAUGCAGUUGGCACAACCGCUAUGGGACACAAUUUUAACGCGAUAGAAGACGGUGACUCGCCCUUCGUCACCAAAUACAACAAGGUUAUGGAGGACAUCGCAAACCCGCUAUACCUCGUGUUCCCUCGCUUCGAGAAGUGGUUCCCUCGUUUGAAUGUCAUUCGCUCCAUCGACGAGCUCGUUGCGCAAUUCCAAGGUCUUCUUGAGCGUAAGAAGGAGUAUCCAGGAAACGAUAUGUUGACGUUCAUGCUCGAGGACAAGAAUAUCACCGACACGGAGCACCGCGAUAACAUGGUCGUCUUCUUCAUCGGCGGACACGACACGACAGCCGGCGCUAUGGCCUCGCUGGUUUACUACAUGGGCAAGUACCCGGACAUCCAGAAGCGGGCGCGUGCCGAGGUCCAGGCAGCGAUGAAGGGCAAUACCACCGGCGAGCCCACCAUUGCUGAGCUGAAGAACAUGCCGUUCCUCGAGGCAUGCAUCCGGGAGGCCCUCCGUGUCAAUACGCCCAUUACAUACAUGGUUCCCCGAUCGGCCAUGCGAGAUGCUGUCCUCGUCGACUCGUACGGCAAGCAGUACUUCAUGCCCAAGGGUGCCUCCAUCAUCACCAACAUCACUUCCAUCCACUAUAGGGACGACUACUGGCCCAACGCGCGCGAGUUUCAGCCCGAGCGGUUCAUGGGCAACACCGAGGCGCAGACGACGGAGAUUGAUAGCGCGCAGUGGUUGCCCUUCGCCCUUGGCGCAAGGCAGUGCCCCGCUAGGAACUUCGCAAUGUACGAGCAACGCACGCUUGGCUCGAUGCUCCUCCGCGAGUGGGAAUGGACGAUCCCGGACGACACCAUCCAUACGGACAUCAUUCACAACGCCUUCUCUCCCUUCGCUUUGUCCUUGCCGAAGGAUCUGUUUAUCAGGUUCCGGCGGCUCGCGAAUAACUAG